AAUAGACAACAUUCACAUGUAUAACUCCAAGCCUGUAGAUAAGGUUAACAGAAUUGUUCCAAUGUCACAAUGGCCUACAGUAUACGUAUAACGGGCACUGUGCUUUUAGUGGCAUUUUCUGGCGUCUUCGCCUCAUUGAAACAAGGUGAGAUUGCCAUCGGUAGCGCAUCCUUGCCGGAUUCCUCCAUCGAAUUUACAGUCUCGGACGGACGCAUCCUACUGAAAGCUCACGUUUCCGGAAAUAAUGUCAAGUCUUGUAAACUUUCCACUGAUUCCAAACAGAUAGAGAAGCUUUUAAAAAGCCUCCCCAAAACCGAGCAAAUAGGUGAAUAUGCAGUCCAGGAGAUGUUCGAACGCUGCUUAAGGUACAUGAUCUCGGGAAACAAGAGAGCGGACGACGACAACAAAUCCACAAUGCCAUUUGCACCGGAGAAAACCGGUCAACCUGCCGGUCCAGGGGCUUCUGGGAUUGGUAUAUUUCCAGGCACCAAAUGGUGCGGGCUCGGGAACAAGGCUGACAAUUAUGCAGAUAUAGGGAAGUUCAAAGAUACCGACACUUGCUGUAGAGCUCAUGACCAAUGUCCAUACUUCAUCGACCACUUCGAAACCAAAUACAACUUCCACAACCCUUAUCCAUGGACGCUGAGCCACUGUGACUGUGAUAACAAACUGUACUCUUGUUUGAAGUCAGUAAAUACAACUGCGGCUAAUGAGGUUGGACAACUGUUUUUCGGUCUCCUGAAUGUCAACUGUUUUACUUUCCACAACGGUCACUAUUGCCAGCAGGAACAUUGGACCCACCUGUUCUGUGAGAAGUAUGCAACGGGACAACGCGCUAUCACCCAGAAGUUCCCACACAAAUGGAGUGAUACCAUUGGGUGAUAUGUUUGGAAUAUGUCAAAUAAAAUUACAGUGAAAUUAUAA